UCUAAUUUUCUUCAAUCAAUUGUUCUUCUUGAUCUUCUCAUUGCACUCGACGAACUUGACUUCGAUGAUUUAGUGAAUGAUUUACAAACUCACCUUCUCAAACAUGGUACUCAAUGGAUUCGAGAUAAUUUUGUUGCCUUUUAUAGAGCCAGUUUUCAACAUCAAACCUUUACAAAAUUGAUCGAUUUUAUGAAUAAGGUUAUUCAACAUGAACCAGAACUAUUACUGAAUUCAGAAUGUUUCAAUGAAUUAGACGAAUCUGAACUUCUUUCUAUUCUUAAACGCGAAGAUUUUUAUGUACAAGAUGAAACUGAACUUUGGAAACUCAUCAUUACAUGGUGUUGUGCUCAACAGAAAAAGAUCCUUUCUAAAGAUCCUUCUAAGUGGUCAGAGGAAGAAAUUAAUUCUAUGAAAUCAACUUUAAAAGAUAUUAUUCCCGAGAUCAGAUUUUUGCAAUGUCAUCAUAUAAAUUUUAUAAGGAAAUCAAUGUUAUUGAAUCAUAAGCAAGUUAGGGAAAUUUAUAAAAAAACUUAUUCCAAAAAAUAUUUUUUAAAAUCAUACCCUGCCAACAACCCAUAUACAAUGACUUUUCUUGAACCAACACAGCGUGAAGUACUCGGCACAGACCCAACACUUACAGCAUUUCGCAUUUCCGAUUCUGAUUAUAUAAUUGGAGGGUACAAUCCGUUUAAAUCAAAAUAUUCUUCGAUCUCAUAUGAACCUUCUUUUAAGGCAAAAGCUGAAUAUGGUUUUAUGUUUAAAAUAGACUGUAGUGGGAAAAUUGAAUUUGUUUCCAUUAAAAGAGCCCUUGAUUUUAAUUUAAAAUAUAAUGAAAUUAAACCGUUAAAUAUCUUUGACUUUACGUUUCAAGGUAAUAAUAGAAUAUAUUAUAAGCAGAAUUUUUAUUAUGGAUUGUUGGAAAAUAAUUAUUACGAUAUUGAAGGAUUAGAAAUCUUUAAAGUAAUUGAAAAAAGUUUGAACUCUACAUUUUAG